AUGGUCCAUGAUAAGAUGAAUAAAGCACAAGAUCGCCAAAAGAGCUAUGCAGAUCACAGGAGAAGACCAUUGGAAUUUGAUGAAGGUGACCAGGUAUUUUUGAAGGUGACUCCGAGAUUGAGACUGAAAGGACCAUUUAAGUCACGGAGGCUAAAUCCGAGAUACAUAGGGCCAUACCAGAUUAUAGAGAGGAUUGGAGAAGUAGCCUACGGAUUAGCUUUACCACCUUCUCUACCAAAAAUGCAUGAUGUUUUUCACGUAUCUCGACUUCGAAAGUUCAUUCCAGAUUCUCUUCAGCCUAUUCUUCCAGAUUCAAUAGAAGUAGAAGCAGAUCUGACUUUCGAACCUCUACCAAGUCGCAUUGCAGGAUGA